AUAACCCCACUCCCCCACCCCAAAAUAUUUUUUAAAUCAUAGAUCUCUUUUGUUUUCAAGUGCUUAGAUACUUAAAGAAGAUUUCUUGAAGACUGCUUUUGGAAUAAAAGAGCAUGGAUCCCAGCAGUGACUACCAUUACCUCAAUCAGAUUUUGUGGAGAAGGGUGAAACUCACGUUGGUUUGUGGCAUCUUUGAGGGAGUGCUCCAGCAUGUGGACCCUAACAAGAUUGUUGUCUUGAAGAAAGUGAAGAAUGUGGAGACUGGUCGAAGUGUCCCAGGAGUGAAGAUGUUUUUUGGGCAUGAGAUUGUGAAUGUGGAACUACUGGAUGAAGUGGAACAAGGUACAAUGGGAGAAAAAGCAUCCUCUGUUAGUCUAAAUACAGAAAGAACCAGGUUGGAUGAAAUGAAAGAUGAAGACUUAAAUAUAUGUGAGCCUCCUCCUGCCCCUGAGGCACCAACCACCUCUCUUCUGAAUGACCUCAAGUACAGCCCAUCAGAGGAAGAAGAGGUGACAUACACAGUCAUUGAUCAGUUCCAGCAGAAGUUUGGUGCUGCAAUGCUCCACAUCAAGAAGCAAAGUGUUUUGAGUGUGGCUGCAGAAGGAGCUAAUGUGUGUCGUCAUGGGAAACUAUGUUGGCUUCAGGUGGCCACAAACAGCCGUGUGUAUUUAUUUGACAUUUUCCUUCUGGGAAAUCGUGCUUUCAACAAUGGACUGCAGAUGGUAUUAGAAGACAAGAAAAUUUUGAAGGUUAUCCAUGAUUGUCGUUGGCUUUCUGAUUGCCUCUCUCAUCAGUAUGGAAUUUUGCUGAAUAAUGUCUUUGACACACAGGUGGCAGAUGUCCUUCAGUUUUCCAUGGAAACAGGCGGCUUUCUUCCAAACUGCAUCAGUACCUUACAGGAGAGUUUAAUCAGACAUCUUAAAGUAGCCCCUAAAUAUCUCUCCUUUCUGGAAGAGAAACAAAAACUGAUUCAGGAAAAUACGGAAGUGUGGUUCACACGACCUCUUUCACCCUCCUUGCUAAAAAUUUUGGCCCUAGAAGCCACCUACCUGCUACCCCUUCGCUUGGUACUCCUGGAUGAGAUGAUGUCUGACCUAACCACCCUGGUAGAUGGGUACCUAAACACCUACCGAGAUGGGUCUGCAGACUGGCUGGGAGGCAUGGAGCCUACGUGUAUGGAACUUCCAGAGGAACUGCUUCAACUCAGGGACUUCCAGAAGCAGCGCAGAGAGAGAGCUGCAAAAGAAUACAGGAUGAAUGCACAGGGCCUCCUCAUAAGGACACUGCUACAUCCAAAGAAAUCCGUGACAGAGACAGCAAAGAAAGAGGAAAAAGUAAGGGGUGUCUUACUUUGUGAAAAAUCUAGGCUAGAUAAAGCUCCAAGUUUUACAUCUCAUGAGAAUGUAAAUUUGCUGAAAGAAGAAGCUGAGAGUAAACAAAUUACAACAGAGCCUCCACAUUUACCUCACAUAGAGCAGGAAGUCCAUGAGGAUUCCAGUAACAAAGUCGUUUGCCCUGAAUCAGAGGGGUUGGAGGACCAGAGAAUAGGCCAGAAAGAACACCUUAUGAUACCCAAACAGGAAUUUCAAGCAAGUUUAUCUCUGAAAGAGGAGAUAGAACAGCUACUAAUGGUGGAAAACAAGGAAGAUCUAAAACGCACAAAACAAGAUGUCUCAGUGUCUCCUUCCCUUCCUCAGGAAACCAGAAUGACUCUGAGUGACACCUUUCAUCCUUUUAGAAAAGCAGUGUUUCCCACACUUCCUCCCUGUCCAGCUUUGGAGGAUACUGAUUCCUGGAUAAAUUCUUCUUCAAAUCUGCCUUAGAGAUCUAAAAUUUGUUCUUUAGGCCAAAAAGUGGCUCAUUUUCCCCUACCAUCAGGACUUUCCUAAGUGCUUAAAUUUCUUUUCUUUUUUAAAAAUAUUUUUAUUGAUUUCAGAGAGAGGAAGGGAGAGGGAGAGAGAGACUGAAACAUCUAUGAUGAGAGAGAAUUAUU